UUCGAGGCGCGCAUGAAGCUUGAACAGCCCGGACUUGCUCCUGAAGAGAUCUCCUUCGUGGCUCUGACGCUGGGCGUAUCUGCAAAAUCCUCUCCCCAUGGUCGCGGCUGUCUGAGAAUGAGUCAUGACCACUUUUGCUGCUUCACAGGUCACUCAAGACGUCAAGCUCCCGGCGCUGUACCUACUCGACUCGAUCUCCAAGAACAUCGGCUCCGUUUACCCAGAUCAAUUCUCGCGAUUCGUUGAACGAGUCUUCCUCACUGCUUUUCAAGAUGCAGACCAGAGCAUGCAGGUCAAGCUCGAGGAGCUGCUUGGUACCUGGCGCACCGGCGGUCGUAACGGCUCCGAGCUCUUUGCACCCGGCGUCUACCAGUCGAUCGCGAAUAACGUCGCGUCCAUUCGCGGCACAGACGAGAGCGAUGGUCAACAACCUGCUACGCCUGGUGAGCGCGCCGGUGCGCUUUACGACAUUCGACGGUUGCUUGUGAAACGGCAAGAAGAAGCGCUCACUUCGCCUCAAGACGAGACCAUUGCGACUCAGAUCAUGAUCUUGACGCAGCUCGAAGGUCUUGUCAAAGUGCAACAGCUGACGAGCGCUCAAAUCAUUGCAAUUCACGAUCAGAUUGCCACGCUCUCGCCCGUCACUGCCGAAGACGGGAUUACGCCCCAGAUAGCCGAAAUCGCAGUUUCGGCGGACGGCGAGAACCUGCCUGAUCUGGCUGCCCUGUCCUCGCUCAUGGAUCCAGAUCUUCUCAGGCAGGCCCUAGGUAGCGGAUGGAACGCAGCUGCCCCUGCUAAGCCUUUGGUGACCAAGAUUGACCCGAUCGAAGAUCGCUAUCAAUCUAUGCUGCUGUCCUUCGAGAUCUCGCUCACGACUUCAGACAUUCAGCGCUACAGACCCGACGCGCCUGCGCUCAUCUACGAUGAGCUGCCCGAGGCUUGCAAACAGUGUGGUACUCGCUUCCUCUCCGGCGAUAAUGGCAGCCGCAAGAUGCAGUCCCAUCUCGAUUGGCAUUUCAGGCGCAACAAAAGAUUGCUUGAGAAGGCGAGACCGCAAAGUCGCUCUUGGCUCAUAAUGAGCGAGGAAUGGUUAGCGCCGCCGGGCCAGAUCAAGACUGAAGAGACACAGCUUGUCGAAGAGGAUGAAGAGGAGCCGCUUGAUCCUGAAAAGUGCAUUGUCAAGGUCACAGAGUCGACAGGAACUCGCUCGCGGGCUUGUCCGAUAUGUCAAGAGACGAUCGAGACCAAACUGACAGACGAAGAGGAUUACAUCUGGACCAAUGCAGUGCAAGUGGGCGGCAAGAUCUAUCAUGCGACGUGCCAUGCAGAAAUGACGAAAGCUCGACGACUAGCAAAAGUAGAGGAUGACUAUGACGCAUAUGACGAGACCAAGCCGGAGCAGCAGUUAUCAGUCAACAGGGUUGCCAUCGACGCCGAGGAUUCGGUACUGCCACCGCUGAAGGAGGAAGAUGAAUCUGCAGCAGCGCUGUUGCUAUCCCCUGUCGCGCCCUCACUCGAUCCACCCUCGAGCAGCAAUCACUCCCGAGCCAGUAGCGAGAGCCCGAGCGCGCAAACGCAAAGUCCAUCGCGUGCGAGUAGCCCGAGCCUCGCCGAACCGUCGCGCUCAGCCGAUGCUGCACCCAUCGCUGCAUCAGAUGGCGCCGAGUCUGCUGGAUUGCGUGCUGCUCAGGAACCGUCUGACGCGCUAGCCGUGACCGCUGGCGAGAUCGAGGACGAGCUCGACUACACAGCGGCCUCGAGUGACGAUGACGCUGCCCUGUAUGACGAUACUGGCGCAGCUUCGAGUCUUGCCGGCAAGCGCAGGAUCUCGCCCUCAGCUGGCUCGACCGAACCAAAACGCGCUCGCCAAGAGGAAAGCUAGCUCAAGCCUGCUUCCAAAUAGACCCAAAAUCUGUCCAAUGAGAUUGCAGCGUUUCGUCUUGCAAAGUUUGCAGCCAAACAUCGCGCAGAGCCAGAUCUGUGACACUUCACAUGCGGCGCCUACCACCCUCAACGCGUGCGCUAAGGCGUAACGCAUCUCGGCGUCACCUGCGUUGCGACGAGCAGCUCUCAUCAGCCAUCGUCAGCAGACCGCCUACAGCCACCUCAUCUCCUUGCAGACAGUAAGACGCUGCAGUCUGCUCGUGCAGGCACCGCGUAUUUCCACAUCCUCUCGACGCCGCAACGCCAGUCAUUACUCCCCUCUCGGCCUGCUGCACGGUCACAGGGCUACUGCUACAUUCUGUCCAGCACGACGAACUUUCAACUGUCUU